AUGAAUCGUUCGCUUCUCCGGCUAAAAGUCCUUGCCGUGUCUUCCGUCGGGUACCUAUCAUUCGUCCACAGAGAAAACUCACUAAAACAGAAUCGUGUAGAAGCGAAGAGCGAAGGCAGCACGAACGUCAAAUUCAUUUGUCAAAAGUGCGACGAGUACUGGCGCAUUGUCAACGUGGAGCAGCUCUUCGAAUUCAUUUCCGCGUACAGCGAGCUUGACGAUGCGGGUGUUCAGUGGCGUCUUGCGCGUGCCUUCCGUGAAUAUGCACUCAAGUUCCCGUCCGAGGCGAAAAAGCUCAUCCCACUUGCAUACGAAGCAGCUGCCCGGGCAGUCGAGCUUGAGCCAAACAACUGGGCGGCGCACAAGUGGAUGGGCAUUCUUCUCAGCGACUUCGCCGAGCAACAAGGGACCCGAACACUCUUACAAGAGUCGCUCAGGAUAAAGAGCACUUUGAGCGGAGCAUAUCGCUUCAUAACGACUCUACCGCGAUUGAGUUGGUACAAGCGUAAAAUCGCCGCGGCUUAUUAUCGUGUCGCUGUACCACAGGCGUCGUACGAGGAAGCCCUUAGCUGGUUUGAGCGAGCAGAGGAAAAUGAGCCCAUGUUCUUCGACAAGAAUCAUUUGAUGCUCGCAAAGAUUGAGUUCUCAAAACAGACUUAG